AUGGAUAUCGACACUUAUGAGGAUGAUGUGGCCCAGAUCCAGACUCUGCCUGCCGUCAUUCCGAAGCGGCCGCUUUCCAUCCCUGUAGAUGAAAGUCACCCGUUCGAUCCAGAAGCGUAUAUUAGCGGCUACUCAGGGAAGUCGUACGUUGACAGGCUCGUACACGUCAUGAAUGUAUGCCCCGAGCUCGCGCCACAGGCACUACCGCUCGCAACCAAAGAGGCUCUCAAGGGUCGCGACACCGGCUUGUACAAGAGUGCAUUCAAUGCUUACGAGCGUGCUGCGACGGAGAUGUCAAAGCGACAAGAAGAGGGGCUGCCUGAGGCAUCUUCUAUUGUGGCUAUGGACACGAAGUGGAUAGAGGAAACGAACUCGAAGAACCAGGCGGAGCGGACAAAGCUCGAGGUAGAGCUCAAAACUUACACGAGCAACAUGAUCAAAGAGAGCAUCCGGAUGGCGCACCGCGAUCUCGGGGAUUUCUUCCGCUCGACAGGAGACCAGGCGGCAUCGCUCAAGCAUUAUACCAAGUCACGCGAGUUUUGCACCACGAGUCAGCACGUUCUCGACAUGUGCAUGUCUGUCCUCGAGCUCCUGAUGGAGCAACGGAGUUACUCGCACAUUGGCACGUACGUCUUCAAGGCGGAAGCGGCGCUCGACUCUGUCACGAGCCUCAAAGUGACCGCGGGACCGGAGGCUCCCGCGGGGUCCGCCCAGGCGAACAAGGAGCAGCGGAAGGCGGAGCGGAGCAAAGUCUCGAGCAAGCUCGAGGUCGCCACUGCGAUCUCGUGUCUCGGGCAGGGGAACUACGACAAGGCAGCGCUCACCUUCCUCAAGGUCGGCACGCCGAAAUCCAUGGAGGAGUGGUUUGGCAAGCUCAUCGCCCCAGGCGACCUCGCGAUCUACGCGACCAUGUGCGCGCUCGCGACCUUCACACGCGGCGCGAUCCGCGCCCAGAUCCUCGACAACGACAACUUCGGGCUCUACAUCGAGCAGGAGCCGUACGUCCGCGAGCUGAUCGAGGCCUACCUCACCAACCGGUUCAAGACGAUGCUGGACCUCCUCGAGCGCUACUCGACCCGCCACUACGCCGACGUCCACCUCUGCGCACACGUCCCCGCGCUCGCCAACCUCAUCCGCAGCAAGGCCCUCGUCCAGUACUUCCAGCCCUUCGCGUCCAUCCGGCUCGAGCGCAUGAGCGUCGCGUUUGGAUGGACGGUCGAGGAUCUGGAGCGUCAGGUCGUGAGCCUCAUCCAGUCGGGCGAGAUCAAGGGACGGGUCGACCGGCAGAACAAGAUCUUGCGAGCGAAGGAGACGGACCAGCGCGCGGCGCUCUUUGCGAAAGCCAUCAAGUCCGGACGGGAGAUGCAGGCGACGAACCGAAAGCUGCUCCUCCGCAUGCGACUGCAACAGGCAGACUUGAUCGUCAAGGCGCCGAAGGGCCAGCCUACGUUCAGUGGCAUGAUGCACCCCACCGAGAUGCUCUCCGGAGAUUACUACUGA